UUAUUCCCAUCUCUCAAUUCUGUGCUGUGGCGUGCACUCCUGCUUAUCAAUCCGUAGCGUAUGUGGGUCUGGUUACGCCACUCCGCCCCAUUUCAGUCAUCACGUCACCAACCUCUUCCCCCUCCCACCUCUUUCACACACUUAUGUACAAAGGCGGUGAGGGAGGUUGGCCUACUGGUGACUGAACGUCUUCUAGGUGCUUCUUCGGCUCUAUGCAUCGAGUUGCUCACCAGUCAAACCGCAACUUUCUCCUGGUCUUUGUCAGUAGUAGCGGCAGACUUCCAACAUGAAGGGCUUCAGGCCUUUAUGGAGGGCGGUGAACACGCUGUGUAGUCGAAUAGCAAGAGAACCUGGGCACCGACGCUGCGCACAGUGUGGGGCGGCUACAGAGAGUGCAUUGCAGCCCAGCUUUGGCCUACUCUUUGAUAUAGAUGGUGUACUAGUCAGAGGAAAAACUCCUCUCCCAUCAGCGAAGAAGGCCUUUCAAAAGUUAGUGGACACACGGGGCCAGUUCCUUGUUCCAGUGGUGUUUGUAACCAAUGCGGGAAACUCCCUUCGUCAGACAAAGGCAGAUCAGUUGUCUGAAAUCCUGGGAAUGAAGAUAUCGCAGAAUCAAGUGGUGAUGUCACACAGCCCUUUACGAAUGUUUAGAAAAUACCACAACAAAAGUGUUCUUGUCUCUGGACAAGGACCAGUUCUUGAUAUUGCAAAGAAUUUGGGUUUUACCAAGGUUAUCACAAUAGACAUGUUGCGGGAGGCCUUUCCUUUGCUUGACAUGGUUGACCACAACAGAAGACCAAAGUUUUUGCGGCCAUCUCCAGUGAAUCCUCCAAAAGUUGAAGUUGUUGUCCUGUUUGGGGAGCCAAUACGAUGGGAAACAAACCUGCAGCUAAUUGUUGACACAUUACUUACAAACGGGAACCUUGGAAGUGCUCUGUGCAAUCCCACUUACCCACACAUCCCUCUGCUGGCUUGUAACAUGGACCUCAUGUGGAUGGCUGAAGCCCAGUCCCCACGCUUUGGCCAUGGAACAUUUAUGGUGUGCCUAGAGAAUGUUUAUAAAAAGAUAACUGGCAAAGAGCUAAGGUAUGAAGCUCUGAUGGGCAAACCCAGCGAACUCACAUACCACUAUGCAGAAUACCUCAUCAGGGCACAGGCAGCUGAGAGAAAGUGGAGGAAACCAAUCAGGACUCUGUAUGCUAUUGGUGAUAAUGUCAUGACAGAUAUUUAUGGUGCUAACCUGUACAACCGUUACUUGGAAGAAAAGUCAUCAAAGAAGAGUGCAAAGACACUGGCUAAGGUAGCAGCUGUGACCGGUUCGUCAGCAACUGCUGUUUCUCAGGAAGAAGACCUUGAUAACAUGUGGGAGAAUGAGCUGGCACCUCCUUCCGCUGUGGCUUGUAAGUCUGUUCUGGUUUGCACUGGUGUCUAUAACCCCCACACUGAGAUUCCCACAGAUGCCAAUGAGUGUAUUACAGAGACAGUGUUUCAUGGUCACAGAGACUUCGGUUUUGAGCCAGCGCUUGUGGAGCCAGACCACAUCGUGGAGGAUGUUGAUGCUGCUGUACAACUUAUUUUUAAACAGGAAAACUAUGCACCUCAAUAACUUACAUUUAUUUAUUAUUUUAUGUUUUACCUUAAUCUUUUAACUGUUUUUUUAUUCCUAUUUUAUCUUCCUAUUUGACUUCUGUUUAGCAAAUGUGUCAUGACUGGCAUGCAUUUCCACAAGUCAAAAUUGUCUUCCAACCUUUUGUGCAAUAGGAACCCUUGUGCUACAGUGCACUACCCUCAUGUUCUUAGCAUAAGGAAUAUCCAUCCUGGACUGUCAACUGAAAUGCUAUAAACAGUAUUUAAUGAAAAGCAGAAGUGCCACUGAAAAGGAUAAAAUUUAAAGUAACAGAUAUCCACAACUGGAGCUGCCUUUUUACUCUUCAUGUUUCAUUAUCCGUCUGAAGGCAUACUUUCAGUUACAAAGAGGAGAUGACAACUUUAUUAAUACCCAGGAGCAGUGAUGUGUUUUUUAUAUGCUACAUGGCACUGAACUGUCUCUCUUGCAUGAUGGAGUAUUAUGACAAUUCAAUACCUGCCUCCGUCUGACAUUGGUAGUAAUGGACGAAAAGGAAAGUCACCACCCAAAAAAAAAACAAAGAAAUGGUUGUCAUUUUUAUUAAGUGGAUUGGAAAUUACCAAUGUCUUUCACAUGCAGCAGAUUUGUUGGUUCAUAAAAUAGAAUGUUUUAAAACGGAAGGUUCAUGUAGCAAGUUUACAAUUAACUUCUCUCCCAAACCCUUGUAAUCUCAGGGAGGCCUUUUCUCUGCUGUUUACUUUGGCAGGCAUGCCAUUGCAAAUGCCCUCAUUAGUAUCCAAACAGUUAGGCCGCGAUCUUCUGCCAAGGGGCAUCCAGCAUUGUUAACGCCUUUAGAUAAAUAGUACUUUAUUUGUCCCAAGGGAAAAUUUAUCAAGUAAGGCAGUCAAAAAAUUACAUGUAAUUAUUUCCUUGUGCUUGGCCUCAAGACACAACUACUUUGAAAAAGACUUGAACCUGUUGGUUGUGGCGUUUCCCUGUACUGACUAAGUUGCAUCCUCCGGCAGCCACAAAUCUGCAAUACAUACAACUGAGAAACUUGAAUUGAGCUGGCUUGGACCUGGUCCUUGGCUCGUAAACUAUAGGAGUCACUGUUACUGUCCUUAUGAGUUAUUGUUGUCUUUCAUGUAGACCUCAUGAGAGUCAUGUAGCUGUGUAUUGUGUAUGUAAAGACUCUGUCUCAGACUUUUAUUUAUCGAGGCUGCUACAACCCAUUUCAAUCCAGCUGUAAUAAAUACUGCCAUACCUGCUUCAAA